AUGGAGAGCUUUGAGAACAUACUGAACCACCUCCUCACUGAAGAAGAGAAUAGAGAGGCUUUUGCUUACCCAACUUCUUCGACAGAAAUUUUUUUAGCAGCUUCUCCUGAUGUCUUCUUUGAUUUGGAUUGUGGGAGUAGCAGUUUUAAGGGAGGAGAGAUGAGCCCCCCUUCUUUCUUUUUCGAGGAAAAAGGGGAGACGGUGGAAGCAUCUACCCUCAUUAGCCCUUGUGACCAUUCUAAGACUCUUAGCUCAGAGAGGAGGAGGAGGGGAAAGCUUAAUGAGAGGCUCUAUGCCUUGAGAACUCUAGUUCCCAACAUUACUAAGAUGGAUAAGGCAUCCAUAGUGGGCGAUGCUGUGGUUUACGUCCAGAAAUUGCAAAGAGAAGCAAGAGAACUCAGAAAAGAAAUCGCUAUACUUGAAUCAACCAUGCAAAGGGAUGGUGCAGGACAAACAUCUUAUAAUAACAAUAAUACAUCGUCCUCCUACACCAUUAAACACCAUUCCAAAGCUCAAUCCCCUUGCAGAAAGGUACUUCAGAUGGAUGUGUUUCAGGUUGAUGAGAAUGGGUUUUAUGUGAGGAUGAUUUGCGAUAAGAGUGAAGGGGUUCUGGCUGCUACAUGGAAAGCUUUCGAAUCCCUCCCCUGCUACCGUCUACUUUCUUCCAAUUUUGCCACACCCUCACCGGAACGCACCCUCAUUACAUUUACCCUUCAGAUGGUGGAAUGGGAGAAGAAGAGUAACGUCCCCGUCCUGGAGCAGCAGCUGACUCAAGCCCUCUCGAAACAUGGCUUCCAAUUCUAACAUUGCAUUUUUUAGGACGAAGAAGAGCAUGAC